AUGGACGGGAUGAAUGAACAGGAGAGAGCCAUUGCUUGGCUUUGGGCCAUUGAAGCCCUGGCAAGCUUUAGAGAAGUUGAUGUAUCUCUUUUACAUGACUUGGUUGAGAUGGCUCCAGCUUUACCUGAUGAUAUGGGAAAGAAGGCAAAGGAAAGGGUCGCUUUGAGAUGUUUGGAAGGUUUGCUUGGUCCUUGUAAUGUGAUGAGCAGUGAUGUUCCUUCUGCCCAGCAUUCAAAAUGCAGCUUUGAUUUAUCUGAAAGCUGUGAAAAUGUUCUUAAACGCAUUGUAGAUGAGACACCAGAAUCUGAUCUGAGAGUGGGUGGACCAGGGAUGUUGAAAUGGGAUAUUCGCCCCUUCAUUAUUCACAAAAGAGCUUCUUUGCCUAAAUGUGCAUUGAAACAGCUGAAAGAUUCGAUUAUUGAUGGCACCCAUCCACAUGCUGAUUUCUUGAGAGUAAAGAGUGGUUUAACACGAAGUUAUGGUGAUAGAGUUCCUGUGGGUGGUCGUAAUACUAGGCUCAAUGAGAGCUGCUCCAGUGCUCAAAACAUGGGAGUCAAAGGGAACUCCGAUCCUUUGAUUAAUCAGAAUGAGAAUAAACCAUCAGAAGCAGAUCCAGAUAAUGCAAAUAUAUUGCCUUCCAAAGGGGAUAGGAUUGCCUCAGAUGCUGAAAACAUGGAAGAUGAAAACCGUAGUAGCAUAAAUGAUUCUGAUGAUUGGCAUAUAAACUCCAAGAAGAUGAAACAAGAUGGCUCUUAUGUUUUACGGUCUACAGAACAGAACCAACUUCCUUUACAUGGAAAAGAACGUUUGGAAGAUUUGUCUGAGAGGGAAAGGUGCAACUUGGCAGGAAAUCAUAUGGGAACGAUGGAGGAAGGCACGGUCUUAGAGGAUGGUCAUGAUGAUACCGCCUCAAAGAGAAGUGGACAGAGCAGUAGCGAUGCUAUCCAUAAGAGUCAGUCAAAAAAUCAUCUUAAUGCCACUUCAAUGCCUGAAGAAACAUUGUGGGAUGACGCCCAUCAAGAUUCAAAUGUUGGUCAAGCUGAAGAUGAUGGUGGGCUUCAUCCUGAACCAAGAACAUCAGGUGUUGCUCCUUCAGAUGGAACCCAACUUAAUGUUUCUGCUAAAGUAUUCAAUUGUAAUAGCGAGCAUGAUUUUCAUAUUAAAGCACCGCAUCCUGCAUCCGCAGAUGGAUCCCAAGAGAAGAGCAUUGCUGAAGAUGGCAAGGACUUGGCUAGGGAAAACCUGGCAGAUGGAAACUGUAAUAGAGUAAUUCAUUCUGAUGAUUGCUAUGUAAUGGCCAAAAGGAUGAAAUGGGAUGCCUCAUUUGUUUUACAGUCUAUAGAGCAGAACCAAAUUCCUUUACAUGGAAGAGAACUGUUGGAAGAUUCAUCUGAAAGAGAUGUUCCACUUUCUGGGAGAGAAAGGCGUGACUUGGCAGAAAAUCAGAUAGGAAUGAUGGAUGGAGGCAAGGUCAUAGAGGAUGAUCAUGAUUAUCAUACUGCCUCAAAGAGGUGUGGACAGAGCACUGACAAUGCAGUCCAUAAGAGUCAGUCAGAAAAUCCUUGUAAUGAAACUUCAAUGACUCAAGGCACGUUUCAGGAUGGAGCCCCUCAAUAUACAUAUGUUGAUAAAGCCAAAGAUGACGGUGGACUUCAUCCUGAACUAAGAGCAUCCUGUGUUGCUGUUCCAGAUGAAACCCAGCAUAAGGUUUCUGCUGAAGUAUUCAAUUGUAACAGUGAGCAGGAUUUUCAUAUUGAAAUACCACAUCCCGCAUCUGUAGAUGAACCCCGACAGAAGAGCAUUGCUUAUGAAGACAAAGAUGAUACGGAACAAUGUCCUGAAACAAGAAUAUCAGGUACUGCUCCUCUAGGUGAAACCCAGCAUAAGGAUUCUGCUAAAGAAUCUGAUUCUAACAGUGAGCAUGAUUCUCGCAUUGAAAUAGCAUGUCCUGCAUCUGCAAAUGGGUCCCAGCAGAAGAGCAUUCCGGAUGAAGCGAAAGAGCUCUUGGAUUGGCUACGCCAUUAUGAGUCAGAGACAUUAACUGAUAAUGAUGGAUUUCAUGAUGAGAAGAUUGAUGUCGCCAUGAAGAAGCAUGCUUUCUUGAGUUCUCAAUGCACAUCUAGUCAUCGUUCCUCAGUGACAGCUGACUGGACAGAGAGAAAUCUUGGUAAGAGUAAUGAAAGCGGUCAGUUGUUGAUUUGUAAAACCAGUGAUUGUCCUGUUGUGGUGCAUGAAAAUUGGCUGCGUUCCUCAGCCAUUCAUUAUGAGAAGGGUAACUUUUACUGCCCCUUCUGUAUAUAUUCUCUUGAUCUUACUGAAUACCUUGAAGCUAAGAAAGAAACUUCCCUUUUAAAGAAAGACCUAGAUGCGUUUAUUCAUACUCUGGAACAUCAGCCAAAGGAAUGUCUUGGAAGACCAAACAACAAAGAGAAUUUCUGCAUGAGGAAUUUUGAUGAAGAUCUUAAUGAAAAAAGUCACCAGAAUGGGCAUUUGGGAGAGAGAGAAGAAAAUCUAGGAAAGCAAUGUGAAGAACAUGCAAAUGAAGUCAAUGACUUUCAAUUUCAGAAUAUUACAGGUGAUGAACAACAUGUAGCACCUUUUGCAUCACGUGGUCAUGUCAAUUCAGAGUGUGGAGAUGAAAGUGCUACUGCAGUUUGUAGAAAACUUGAUGUAUCAACUGGUAAAAAGGAAGAGGAAGAAAAGGUGGCCCGGGAGUGCAUACCUGUAGGUGUUCCUUUGUCCAGUAAAAACACAGAAAACCUUCUUAUUGACCAAGGAUAUGAAGUUAAUUUUGAUUCCGAGCAAGUUGAUAAUCAGAAGUCUAGCACUUCCAAAUAUUCUAUAAGACCCCGAAGGAGCAAAAUCCCUUACUCAUACCCGGCAACUGCUCAGUUAAGGCGGAUUAAAGUUCCAUGGACAGUUGAGGAGGAAGAAAUGCUCAAGAAGGGAGUGGAAACAGUUUCAAGAAAUGAUGAAGGAAAUAUUCCAUGGAAGCAAAUACUGGAAUUUGGUGGUUCUGUGUUUCUGCAUAGUCGUACCCCAAUUGACCUUAAGGAUAAGUGGAGGAACAUAUGCAGGCGAAGGUCGAAGUCGAAAUGA